UGGUUCCUCUCUGCAUUCCCUCUCUGAGCUUGGAGCCCACCUCUCUUUCAUCAAAUUUACAUGACCUAUCGCUGUUGACAUCCUUAACGUGUUGCGCUGUGGGCUACGAGGUCUCCCCCACCCGUCCAAUAUAAAUACAGGGAUAGCACUUGCCAAGGCACACAACUUCUGCCCUUUUCCCACUUGAAACAGAUCUCUACCGGCGUUACAGGGAUCUAAUAUCCUCCGUCGCAAUGAAAGGUGUGAGGUCUAUUACAGUUUAUGCACUUGCUCUUUUACUUCUGGCAACGCUCGUCUCCCAUUCGUGGAGCGCACCGAAGGGCAGUUUCCAGCGGAGAAAUUGGUCGCCUCAGGCAAUGCUGUACCUCAAGGGCACCCAGGGACGGCGGUUCAUCAGCGAGGACAGAAAAGAAGGAGACGUAUAUGACACAUUACAUUUAGAGACUCGCAGUCAAAACACAGAGAGACUCAGUGUGAACCAGGCAGCCACAGUCCUGCUCAACUUCCUGCGGCAAGCCAAGGAGGACAGUGAGUUGGGUCAUAUUGGAACCUACAGUAAUGGUUAA